ACUACAUCCAAUCAGAUUCAACCAAUCACUGAAGUUCAUUUGUUGACUGUGACGCUCCUGUUGUAAGCAGCACUACUAGCGCGAGAAGCGCAGCGUCAGGUGUUCAAGAGCUGGGUAUCAUAACUAACAUCCACGGAUGAAAAUGUUUUACUCGGUAUGUGUAGUUUAGGAUUACUUUUGCCAUUCAACACAGUAUUACGUUGUCAUACAUAUUAUUGAACCUCUCCGUGCGCCUUUAUUACAUCGCUCCAACAUGCUUCAUCUGCUCGCCGCACUCAUAUGCAUCUAUGCACUGACUUGUGUAAAAGUUGUCUAUGGACAGAAUGACAAAGGUGAGCGCUUUCUAUGUACCGCAGUCCCCAUUGACAAGGAUACAAGUUGCCCCGUGAAGUCUCUGCCUGUUCAAAGCGCAUCGGUCCAGGAGGAGGAACUGAGAAACACCGUUAUGCAACUUCGCGAGACCAUCUUACAACAGAAGGAGACAAUUGUCAUUCAGUUGGGAACGAUUAAAGAGUUGACGUCUAAAUUGUCACGAUGCGAGUCUGACUCUGAAGCAUUUAGGAAAAUGAAUAAGGACACAAUGGAUGAUGUGCCUAAAGAUCCAAAUGACACCAUUGACGUUCUUGGAAAAACCAUGCAGAGUCUGAAAGAUCGACUGGAAAAUCUAGAGCAAAUGCGAGCCAAUAUCUCCGGUGCCUCCUUUCCUAACGAACUGAGAAAUUUACUGCAGCGUAGACUGGAGGACUUGGAAAAUCAACUGCUCAAGAAGGUCAAUGAGCUCGAGGAAGAGAAGUCCCAGUUAUAUAAUGAGAGCGUCGCUCAUCGCCAGCGCACUGACAGUACUCUCAACUCUCUCAUGAACAGGAUCUCUGAACUGGAGAAAGGAGGAGCUGGAUUUAAAUCACCAGAGAAUUUCAAGAUCUCUCUUCCACUUCGCACAAAUUACCUUUUCGGACAAGUAAAGAAAAGCCUGCCAGAAAUGUACGCCUUCACUAUCUGCAUGUGGCUCAAGUCAGGUUCGAGCCCCGGCAUUGGAACCCCAUUUUCCUAUGGAGUGCCUGGCCAGGCAAAUGAGAUUGUACUGAUCGAAUGGGGCCAUAACCCUAUAGAACUGCUCAUCAAUGACAAGGUGGCACAACUACCUCUAUCAUUGAGCGAUGGGAGGUGGCACCAUAUCUGCAUCACUUGGACAACCAGGGAUGGGCUUUGGGAAGCCUACCAGGAUGGCCAAAGAUUGGGAUCAGGAGAAAAUCUGGCCCCCUGGCAUCCUAUCAAGCAGGGAGGAGUCCUCAUCCUGGGCCAAGAGCAGGAUGUAGUAGGGGGGCGCUUUGAUGCAACCCAGGCCUUUGUGGGGGAACUGAGCCACUUCAACAUCUGGGAUCGGGUCCUGCGCUCCACGGAUAUCAUUGCCAUGUCAAACUGCUCAUCCUACACACCUGGGAAUGUGGUGGCUUGGACUGACAGUAACAUUGAGGUGUUUGGUGGAGCCUCAAAGUGGCCACUGGAACUAUGUGAAGAUCGGCUAUUUGACAAUUAAAGAUGUUUGCAGAUAUUAUUGAAUGAUAUUAAAGGGAUAGUUCACCCAAAAAUUAAAAUUACCCAAUGAUUUAGUCCCUCUCAAGCCAUCAUAAGUGUAUAUGAAGUUCUUCUUUCAGAAUACAAUCAGAGUUUUUGUCCGAAAGAAGAAGGUUAUAUACACCUUGGAUGAUUGAGGAUGAGUAAAUUACAUUUUUGGGUGAACUGUCCCUUUAAAUCCUUUUUAUCCUCAAAAAAGAUUCACCACUUAAACGAAAAGUAGUAAAUAGUUUAGAAAAAUCAACAUAAAUCAACUAUAUCAGUGAAAUAUUUAAAUAUUCUAGGAUAGAUUACAAAAAGCAGGUAAAUGUAACAUUUCAGUUGAUAUGUUCACUUGACAUUUGUGGCUAAAGGAAAUUUGUGAUUACAAAACACACUGUAUAAGAUGGUACUACCAUGGUACUCUGAUAAAUACCAUAUUACUGAGUGAUUAUCAAUUAUUUACAGUGUAUUUACAUUAUACUCCAUGGUGCAUUGUCAUGUCACCUUUUUGGUCCACACAAAAUCAGACAUGCGUAUGAUUAUCUUGUUAGCUGUGUCCACGCCAUGUUGGAAUUACCAGAAUUAUGAGGUUUAUAAAAAGCAGUCAUAUCCUCGUAGAGCUCAUAAUUGCAACUUGUAAACUUUUUUUUUUAACUCUUCAUGUGGAAACACUAAAAAUGGCAGCAGCUUGAGAAAUAAAAAGUAGUUGAACAGUUAUUUCAUAAUAUUUCAUCUUAAUAAUUCUUUUGUUGUAAGACAGUCUAAAUAAAUGUAGACUUUGGUGAGGGAAAUCACAUUAAUGAGAUCAUAAUAUGGUUAAAGCACCAUACAUUUUUCUUUUUAAAAUCUGUAAUAGAUUCAUAUAAACAGAUAUUAAUUUAAAAAAUAUUAAAAAUCAUCUUUCUUCAGAAUCUUAAGCCCAUCUCCGUUUACACUGACUGAAUUACCCAUUGAAGAUUAUGAAUGUUUUAACACUGUCAGAUAUUUUGCAGACAAUUAAUGAACUGUGAAUUAUGUUGCAAGGUCUGUUUCUUGAAAUAUACUAUCAUAUUUUUGUACCCUGUUUUUAAAAAUGAAGCAUUUUUCAGAUGUGUAAUCUAGUGUUGUUUUGUUUGCUAUGGAAUGUCAGGAUACCCAUGUGUUGUUUAAAAGCCUUUUUUUGUUUACCGUGCCAAUUAUUCAGGGACUGCUCGACACUGCUAACCUGUGUUUGCCAAUGAAAAAUAAAGUUUGC